UCCGUCCGUCGGCUCAUUCCCCUCCUCCCCGCGACCCCGCCCGUCUCACUCUGCAUGCACAUGGAACUAGCGCCGCCGCCACCACCAAUGGACCACCACGACCCGGCGCCCUUCUCCCCGCUAUCCUCCUCCGACGCCGCCCUCUCCCCGCACUUCCCGCCCGCGCUCGCGGACGCCGCCGGCGCCGGCGCGCUGGACCUGUCCUUCACCUCCACCGCCUCCGCCUCCACCUCGUCCUUCACAACCGCCACUACCUUCAGCGCGCGGAGCUCGCUGUCGCUGCCGUCCUUCUCCUCCUCCACGUCGCUGUCCCCGCGCCCGCACUCGUCCUCCGCGUCCCCGCACUGGGCGCACCUCGCCGCGGCGCGCGCCGCCACGCCCGACGGCGUGCUCCGCCUCGCGCACCUCCACCUCGUCCGCGAGCUCGGCCACGGCCACCUCGCGCGCGUCUUCCUCUGCCGCCUCAAGAGCUCCCCGCCCUCGUCCCCGCUCUUCGCGCUCAAGGUCGUCGACCUCCGCGACGACGACCCGUCCCGCGUCUCCCACGUGCUCGCCGAGUCGCGCGUCCUCUCCUCGCUCGACCACCCCUUCGUACCCACGCUCUACGCGCGCCUCGACGCGGGACGCUACGCCUGCUUCCUCAUGGACUACUGCUCCGGGGGGGACCUGCACGCGGUGCUCCGCCGCAGGCCGGGGGCGCGCCUGCCCGUCGCCGCCGCCAGGUUCUACGCCGCGGAGGUGCUGCUCGCGAUCGAGUACCUCCACGCACUCGGCUUCGUGUACCGCGACCUCAAGCCCGAGAACGUCCUCCUCCGGGGCGACGGCCACGUCGUGCUCUCCGACUUCGACCUCGCGCUCCCGGCGUCCGUGGAGCCCGCCGUCCGCCGCCGGCAGGUGCGGAAGCAGAACCGCCGCAGGAAGAUCACCCUGCUUCUUCCGUCAUGCUUCUCUGGCCCCCGCAAUGGCGGCGGUGACGACGAAGAGGAGAUCGACGCCAAGGAGCGGUUCGAGUUCGUGGCCGAGCCGACGGCGGCGAGCUCCAAGGACUGCGUGGGCACGCACGAGUACCUCGCGCCGGAGCUCGUGAGCGGGAGUGGCCACGGCAACGGCGUCGACUGGUGGGCCUUCGGCGUCUUCCUCUACGAGCUCGUCUACGGCCGCACGCCUUUCAAGGGCCACACCAAGGAGGCCACCCUCAAGAACAUCCUCUCCAAGCAGGUCACCUACCCUCAGCUCGACGGCGAGGCCGACGCCUCCCAGCUGCGGGACCUCGUCGGGCGGCUGCUCGAGCGUGACCCGCGCCGCCGCAUGGGCGCCACGCGCGGCGCCGCCGAGAUCAAGCGCCACCCUUUCUUCGCCGGCGUGGACUGGGCCCUCAUACGGUGCGUGGCGCCACCGGUGGUGCCGGACAAGGACGCCGCGGCCUCCCCCGCGGGCGGUGACAGGAAGGCGGCCAAGCUCGGGAGCUGGAGCAGCAUGAGCAGCAACUGCAGCAGCAAGAAGCGGAAGAGCAGCAGCUUCGGGAGGAGAUCCAACUGCGAGGAAAGGCAAGGGGUUUUCCACAAGCUCAUGAGCUGGAGCCAGGAGAACCGAUCCAACAACAAGAUCAAGACGACCAACAAAGUAAUUUGAAUGAAAAUGAAGUGCCUUUUUUGUUCUUAUUAGCUUGGUGUGAUUUCGAGGGUUUGGUUUAAUUAGUGUCCGGCCUUAGGUUACUUAAUUUGUUACGUUACUAGCAGUACAUGUAUAGAGUCAGUGGUGUGGAUCAUGGAUUUGAUCGAGAUGUACAAAUAGCGAGGCGAUGUAUAUGUCACUGAGUUGAUCAGGCGACAAGGUUUGGGCCAUGUUCAGGCAUGGAGAAACUUCAUCCCUUGUUUAGCAGUAAAAAAGUUUAGCAUCUUUUAUGUUA